CAAAUUUAAAUGGAAUCUCUCAGCCAAUCUCUGACCAGCCAACAAGGAAGGAAAGACUUAGAAGUCAGUCUCUUUGAGAAAGAAGACAGAAUUAAGAAAUAUCUCCUGAGUUCUGUUUAUCAGAGACAUAUGAAAUCUAUCGGAUCAACUACUUCUAAGUAUAUCAGUGAGGAAGCACAAGACUUCGCAUACAUGAAAGAUUCGCUAACCAUUGAGGCAUUAAGCGGCAACGCCAAGCAAUUGGCUGAAGUAAUUUCCUUACUAAAUGUGAAAUUUAAAUUAUUCCUGAGAAUUAUACGAUUCUCUUUUAAAUAGCCAGUGAUCUAUUGUAUUUUUACCAAGUAAAACCUCGUCAAAAUUAAGAAUAAAUAGUGCUAUGAAGUGUCUGAUUAAGGACGUCCAUUCUCUGAGGACCCUCAACCUUCAGUAUAUAACUAUUUCUUCAAGGUAUUUUGUGAACCUCCUUCUUGAUGGAGUUUCCUUGGAGGAAUUUUGUAUUAAAGAUGGAAAAAUAUGAGGACCUCAGCUCACCUUCACUACUAAUACUACUUCAAAGUUAAGAAUCAUUGUAAUGAGCCAAUUUUUAAGCCAAAGAACUCCCCAACCUCUAACAACACAAGACCCUGACUACUUCACCAAGAUCCUAUCCAACGUCAGCCAAUGUCCAUGUGCAGCCACCCUUGAUAAAUUCAUUAUCAAAGGUUUCCAGAUCCCCCAAAUCCUCUCAAAAGAACUCCACCAAAAAUACAGUCACUUAAGCCUAAAAUUUCUCUAGCCCUGCUCUCCACUGCAGUACUCCUCCAGUCCUU